AUGGUGGAAUAUGAACCAGUUAGUAUCAAUACGGAUCUCAAUAAGAAGGCGUGGGUGAACUCCAUGAAGGAAGAACUUGAGGCUAUUGAAAGAAACAAGACAUGGGAAUUGACUGUUAUACCUCAGAACAAGAAAACCAUCAGUGUGAGAUGGGUUUUCAAGAUAAAGCUGAAGCCAAAUGGUUCAGUUUACAAGCAAAAAGCAAGGUUAGAAACUAGAGGAUUCCUACAAAAGUCUGGUUUAUACUAUUUUGAAGUAAUUGCACCUGUAGCUAGACAUGAAACCAUAAGAUUGAUUAUUGCUAUAGCUGCAAAAAGGAAUUGGCCUAUGAUGAAUUUAGAUGUAAAUUCAGAUUUUCUAAAUUACCCAUUGCAAGAAGAAGUUUAUGUUUACAACCUCCUAGAUUUGUGA